AUCUACGACUUGAACGAAAACAUUGUGGUUUCCAACGUGGUGAUUCUCCCCAACAAAGCCAAGAAGCUUGCGUCGAACAUCGACCACGCCUCGUUGCUCACGUACGCCAACAACGGCGGCAAUGUUGUGGUUGUGAGCGAGGACUCGGGCACGCAGCUCGACGUCAGCAUCUUCCUCAACCAAUUGGGCAUCUACCCGUCGCCAAAGGGGUACAAGUACACGGACUUCCACUCGGGCUCGGCGGCGCCGCUUGCGAAGAUCGAGGCUCCACGCUUCCUGAACAAGCACGUUGUGUCGGAGGACGUGUCCGGGCUCUCGCUCGAGGACGCCUCGGUGGCGCUGGUGUCCAACUCGGAGUACCUCGUGCCGCUGCUCAAGGCGUCGAGAACGUCGUUCACCACCAACGGCGACGCCGGCAAGGACUCCGUGUGGCACACGGGUAACGAGGGGUACCUCGCCGUUGCGUUCCAGGGCCUCAACAACGGGCGGGUGCUGUGGCUCGGCUCGCCAGCUCCGCUGAAGAACACGUCGUUCAACAAGGGGCUCGUCGACAGCGUCGUCCAGUGGACGUUCCAGCUCAAGUCCGUCAUCCGGGCGACCUUUGCGCACCACAAGCGGGUCGACGCCUCGGGCGAGAGCGACCUCCCCUUUGUCGACGAGGACGACUACUACAAGAUCAAGGACACCGCGUAUUUCGAGAUUGGCCUCUCCAGAUACGAGGCCGACAGGAAGACGUGGGUCCCAUACACGGUCGACGAGGAGGACGUGGCCAACAAGGUGCAGCUCGAGUUCAUCAUGCUCGACCCCUACUACAGACUGAACCUGAACCACACGCACAACACCGACACCGAGGCCGUCUACUCGGCGCUCUUCCGGCUGCCGGACCAGCACGGCAUGUUCACCUUCUCCGUCGACUACAAGCGCCCGGGCCUCUCGUACGUGAAGGUCGAGGACGUUGUCCCCGUGAGACACCUUGCCAACGACGAGUACGCCCGCUCGUGGGAGAUCCCCAACUCCAGCGUCUACAUGGCCGGCUACGGCGUCGUCGUCGUCGGCUGGCUCGCCUUCGUCGUCCUCUUCAUUUUCUCAGGCAAGAGAAACCUAGACACCGCCAAAAAG